AUGCGUGUUGCAUCUACUUUUGUGCGCCCGAUCAUAUCGGCGACGAGACUCACAAUCAAGUCCCGUUACUCUUCUUUUCCCGUGUCCCCCACGUCUUCUGGAAAACAUCAUGUACAAACCACUUUCAACUAUUUCAAACCGCUUUCCAAGGGACAAGAGCCACCAACUAUAUAUCCCUUCAGACCUGAGACACACGACUAUAGUCGUUGGACUGAGCAAGUUCCAGUGACGGUCCAUGACAUUACUGGCGAUGAACACAAAUACUCCCUCGACAACCAUGGUUUCAAAUUCCAUCUUCACAAAACCAAGGUCGCCAACUUCGAUGAUCCCUUGGUCGUGGAGCAGGAAACUGGCGCAAAACACGUUUUUCUCUUCAAUCCCAUCCACCGGAAGCCAUCAUCAGAGCGCGGAAAAGCCGCACAAGGUCCGGUCCAGCUGGUUCAUAGUGACCUGACACCCGAGGAUGCCGUUGCUGGCGCACGUCAUGACCUAGGUCCUCAGGCAGAAGAGUUAUUGAAAGGUCGCUUUCAAGUAAUUCACGCUUGGAGACCACUGAAACCUGUCUACAAGGACCCUUUUGCAGUCGCCGAUGCUCGUUCCGUGGCGGACGAAGACCUUGUUCACACAGAGGUCGUCUUUCCUUCUCGCAAGGGCUCUACCUUCAACGUCACUGCCAGUCCGAACCAUCGUUUCUAUUUUAGAUACGGCCAGACGCCUGAUAUUGUCACGUUGUUCAAGAGUUACGAUUCUGAGGUUGGCGUUGCCAGACGGAACCCGCACUCGGCGUUUGUUGACCCAACGACGGUAGACUGCUCAGACAGAGAAAGUUUCGAAAUCAGGGCGUACCUUUUCCACGAAUCACAAUAG